CACCACCAGCCCCAUGCCCAAACGCAAAUCCAUAGACCCCGUACCCCCGCAGCCCCCGCCCCUCUCCUCCCUCGACGCCGCCCUCGACCUCCUCGUCUGCGACACCUUUACCCGCCUCGACUCUAUCGCCGCCAAGUUCGAGGCAUGUGCCGCCGUAAAACUCAACGACGGCGUAGUCCACGCAAGAUGGGAAGAGGCAGUCAAGCGGUACUGGGUCAUGAAGAGCAUGGACGAGUUGACGUGCAGCGCUGAGAAGAAAUGUGCUGCGGGUGGCAACGGCAAUGGGUAUAUUGGGUCCCUGCCAGAUGGAGAAGAUGGGGUGAUGGAGGAUGCAGAGGAUACCGGUAUGUACUGACAUCCCCUCUGCAGUCUUCUUGAUUGACUCUCACUGACUUGUGCGCGUUCUGCCGCCCGCUUAGUCAAAGCAGAGCGGGACGGAAAAUGCCGACCUAUGCCCACCGCAUACCCGGGGGCUGUCUCUGUGCACAAUCUGGCUGCGGAUGAGGAGGACGAAUGGAGAAAAUGGAUCCCCAGAUUGGGAAAUGUUGUUCUCGUCGACACGGCUCAUGACGGCGUAUGGCCAGGAAAGAUCAUCGACAAGAAGGCAUUCUUCCAAGGAAGAACCACACCGCGGGGGAACCACUUCUUUCCCGUUCGCAUCUAUAAUGAAUCCAUGCCACCUGUCAUAAGUAUCAAAGCUCGCUUGAUCCCCUUCCACCUUCGUCCAGAACCACCCCUUCUCGCGUCCGCAUCCCUACAAAGUGCAUACCACCAUGCCAAAAACCCAGGUGGUUUCGACGUACUCGCCACUGCUCGCGAAGCCCACUCUGCUCGCACACGCCUGCACCCAGGUGUCACCGGAGAGGACAACCAAGCCAGGUACAAGGCCGAAAGGGAGGAAUGGAAUACUCAGGUCAAUUGGGUCAUGAGCGAACGCCGCAUGGAGAAGCUCCGGAUACUGGCCGAAGAGCGGGGUCGCGUCCUGCGCGAGGUCGGUCGGUCGGCGUCGACGCCCGUCUUUGAGGCGAACGGAGAGUCUUCCGCUACUGACGAGCGCCUCGACUCAAUAUUUGGUGUGCCCAAGAAAAGGCGUACUUCCCUUCCUCCUCCAAAACCCAAAUUGGACCCCACUAUACCAGCUUUGUCCAUCGUUCCCUCUGCGCCCUCCACUCCGCCCCCGCGCACGACGGGCUCUCCCUCCAUGGCAUCCUACAUCCGCCCUUCCCUCUCCAAUCAGCGUACCAAUUCUCCUCGCCGCACCCCUACUCGGAGAGACAGAGACAAACGUAUGUAUGCCCUUGGGGAACUCUCCCCGGCAGCGUCUGUCAGGCGCACUUAUACUCCGCCUCGAAUCCUGCCUUCAGGCGAUGAGACAGCCCCGAGCGGGUUCGGCAUGCCAGAGGAAGUCAAGAGUGGCAGGUUUGAUUUCACGAGUCCGCUUGGGCCUGUCAAAAUGGGCAAAUUGGUGCCCGUCGAUUCCAAGUCCAAGGCAGGUGGGGCAGAUGGUACGCCUCUCGGAAAGACAGGCCGGAGCGGGAGCUUGGAGAUUGUCAGAGAAGAAGACGAGGAGGAAGGUUGGUCUAUUGUCUCCCGUAAAGGUCGUCGAGCCGGGUCUGAACCUGCGGGGGCGAGAGUCGGUCUCCCGUCGGGCGAGCAAGGACAUAGUGAGAGUAUGGGCGGAGCAGAAGAUAUGGAGCUGUAAUCCUAUAUAUCGUUGUAGUAGUCUAUUUCUUGUGUACAGUAUGCAAUAGUCCCAGGAAUAUCUUCAA